CGAAGCAAAACGUCAAAAUUAAUCAGCAGUUAAUGCAUUUUGUUUCACAUCAAUUUCUCUACGUAAACUUAUUUUCGCUUCUUUUUUCUGUCCAGUAUUUUCUUAAAAAUAUUAGAUUACAUGUAAUGAAAACACAAGCUUUUUACUAAUGGUCGUCCAAAAGCAAAUAUAAGUUAAGGUGCCAAAAAGUUAAUUUAGUCAUCACUACAAGUUAACAGAAAGCUAACAAUGGAAUCUGGGCCAAGCUCUGGCACUCUUGCUUCUGAAUAUGCAUUGCGUGUUGCAUUGCAAACAAUGAAGGAGCGCUGCCUUGCGCUGCAACGACGUUUAACAGAGCUGGAGGAGGAUAAUGGAGAAUUGCGAUCUCGUAUUGAUCAAAGUAAGCAAGGAGACGCAACACAACACACAAACGGCCUCAUAAAUGGUGAGACAAAUGAAUUGCUACAAUUGCGUAUGCAUGUCGAAGAGUUGAGUCGUCAAAAAGAGCAAUUAAAUGAACACAUUAAUAUGGUUUCAAAUGAAAAUCGUAACCUAUGGUCACGCCUCUCUCAAAUAGCCAAAGACAAAAAUGGUCGCAAUGGUGACACAAAUGAACAAGAUUACACCACUGUUAAUGAUGGUGAACAUGAUUAUAUCAAUGCUAGUCCACGAAAUGGUAGUGGCACCAAUCAAAAUCUAAUACGUUCCAAAACAUUUACACAACAUUCACCAAAUCCUAAUUUACGCCACAAAUUAAUUUCCAAUGGUACUGAAUUGAGUAUGGAAGAAGUUGCGCUGGAACAGAAAUACAAUGCUGUCGAAGCCAACGACGAUUAUGCGGCACCAGUAGAGGGUGAGUUGGGUUUCGCCUAUCUAAAUGUCGAUGACGGUAAUUGCGAUGAUGCUGAUUUUGCAUCUGUGGCUAAACAGUAUAUGGAAGAUUUGCAAGAAAUGCGUCUAGAAGCAAUUAGACAACAACAAGAACUUAAUUCAGCACUCACUGUGAUUGAAACCAAAAUUGCUUUGCAACCAUGCACAGAUUGCGCAAAGAAAUCACAGAAACCGGAAAUGGCUGACAAGAGCCUAGAAACUGAUGAAAGCCUUAGUGAAGUACUGCAAGUCAAUAACAAAGUUGUGUCCAAAGACAUCAAAGUAUGGCCUGGUAGCAAUGAAGCGGAAGAAGACGACAUGUCAUACACUAAUGAUGGGGAAGAAGAGACCUUCUUAGGUGUAGACGCCUAUUAUAAUAAAGUACAAAACGUACUUAAUACUGAUGCCAGUGAGCGUUUGUGUCCAAUGUGUGGAAAAGUUUAUGAAAGCACUAUUGCAUGGGAAGCUUUCCAACAGCACGUUGAAGCGCAUUUCCUUGAUAGGGAUGAUAUUGAGUUCUGACAAAACCCGAAAAUUUAUUUUUCUUCAGAGUUAUGAAAUAAGGGGAAGCGAUUGAAUGAAAUUGUACUGCGUGCUUGUAGCUAUAAUGGACUGAUUUUGUUGCAAAAAACUGUUUUUAUAGUAAAUAGUGUGUCGCAUAUUGAAAAAACGAGUUUGAAAAUGCGUAUACAACAAUAAUUAUAGAAAAUAAUUUAAGUAUUUUAAGUAAAAUUACUGUGCUAAACUCAAAAUUA